UUUGAACAGAAGCGUAAAAAGGGUACACUUCCGGUUUGGGUUGGGAAAUCAUCAAGGUGGUUUUUAUUUAUUGUUGGACGAAAUGUUACUUCUGGACUUAAGUCAGACCAGGGUUUUAAAUUAUUGUAAACUAGACUUGCUAAUAAGGCACUUGUUGGUAUGUAGGCAUAAAAGAAGUGCCAGCUGACUUCGAGUAUAAAUAUUUCAACAUGAUCAGCAUGUCAAGAAAUAUUGUUUUGAAAAAGUGCCAUUUUCGUGUCCAUUUGCCAGCAGGAAUUCAUGGAAUGCUCUGGCUUUUUAUUCCGCACGUCGUACAGAACAGACAUUAUGCUGCUAGGUCAAAGACAUUUUAUUAUGAUGUCCUUGGGAUUCCAAUAAAUGCUACCCAAGGUCAGAUCAAAACUGCUUACUAUACGCGGUCAAAAAUGUACCACCCAGAUGUUAAUAAAGAUGCCGAUUCAGAAAGACUGUUUUCAGAUAUAUCAGAGGCAUAUGAAAUUCUUGGAAAUGUUCGUAAAAGACGACUCUAUGAUCAAGGACUUGGACAAAGAUACCAGUUUGAAGAAACUUAUCCCAAAAGGGAUCCAUUUGUAGGCAAAAAGAGGGGAUCUCCUCCAACUGGUCGGACAAGUACCUACAAUUUUGAUGAAUUUUACAGAAUGCAUUAUUCAGAUGUAAGGAAGAAAAAACAGAAUUUCAAGGCUUUUGAAGAAAAAUGGAAGGCAGAAUUAAAAGAAGAAAGACAACUUAAAAUUGUGUCAUAUAUUAUAACUGGUGCUUUUAUGGGAAGCGUUUUUGGAUGGAUUAGUUUUUUAAUGAAGCAGCAAAAUAAAUGAGCUUCAGUGUUUUAAUAUAUGACAUGUACAAUUAAUGUACUGGUUACAAUGUAUUCUGGCUGUGAUAACAUUUAUCUGUACAUAUAAGUAUUAUUAGAUUAGACUGAAGAAGAAUAUGGACAGUUCAUAAUUUUAUAAUUAGCAUUUUGUCUAAUUUUGUGUGGUAAUAUUUGGAGGUCUAGUACAAGCAAAAUUGUGUAAAAAG